AUGGCCAAAACUGCAGUUGCAUACAAGGAGAAGAUGAAGGAGCUGUCUGUCUUCUCACUCAUUUGCUCCUGUCUCUAUCCGGAAACACGCAAAAACCUUGUCUGUGAAUUUGAAGAUAUGGAGGUAAAGCCCAUUAACAAACGGGCCUCUGGCCAGGCCUUUGAGGUCAUCCUCAAACCUCCCUCGCCCACGUCCGAUGCCUCCCACACCAUCACCUCUCCGCCCAAGAAGAGGGAUGUUUCUCUGGAGGACAUCCAGAAGAAACUGGAGGCAGCUGAGGAUCGAAGGAGAUCUCAGGAAGCCCAGGUGCUGAAGGCUUUGGCUGAGAAGCGAGAGCAUGAGAGGGAUGUGCUUCUCAAAGCCAUGGAGGAAAACAGCAACUUUAGCAGAAUGGCUGAGGAGAAGCUCUGCCUGAAGAUGGAGCAGAUCAAGGAGAACCGCGAGGCACAACUCGCAGCCCUGAUGGAGCGCCUCCACGAGAGGGAGAGACAUGCCGCGGUGGUGCGCAGGAACAAGGAGCUGAGGGAAGAGCUAACAGCGUGA